ACCCAGAGGGGAGGGAUGUGCCUACUGCUAGGGGCCACGGGUGUGGGGAAGACGCUGUUAGUGAAACGCCUACAGCAGCUGAGCAGCCGGGAUGGCAAGGGCGACCUGGGCGAUCCUCCUCCGACGCGGCCCACGGUGGGCACCAACCUGACGGACAUCGUGGCCCAGAGAAAGAUCACCAUCAGGGAGCUGGGCGGCUGCAUGAGCCCCAUCUGGUCCAGUUACUAUGGAACCUGUCGUUCUCUCCUGUUCAUGCUGGACGCCUCCAACCCCACCCAGCUCUCUGCAUCCUGUGCGCAGCUCCUGGGCCUCCUUUCAGCAGAACAGCUUGCAGAAGCAUCAGUGCUGAUACUCUUCAACAAAAUAGACCUGCCCUGUUACGUGACGGUGGAGGAGAUGAAGUCACUGAUCAGGCUCCCAGACCUCCUCGCUUGCGCCAAACAGAACAUCUCCACGGUGGAAAUCAGUGCCCGGAAAGGCACCGGCGUGUCUGAAGUGCUGCGCUGGCUCCAGGACCCCCACAGGACCAACAGCUGACUGCAGGGCGGAAGCGUGGCUGGCCUGCCGUGCGGCAGGAAAGCAGAGGUGGCGCUGUUCAGCCCCUGGCCAUUGGCUGCUUUCAUCAGGGUAGGGUAACGCAGCACAAGCCCUAGAAGAUGGGAUUCUCUCCUGAGUUGCAGUGAUGGGUCACCCGAGGCACCCAGGUUACAGAAAGCCCUGACGUCGGCCCUCUGGUGGCAGGGCUGGGAGAGGACAGGUCUGCCGGGUGGCUUGUGUCUGGCCGCCAUCCUGGCAUGGUUCUACUGGGAUUUGUCCUGUUCCUCCCAGGAGAUCUGCUCUCUCAACUUGGGUUCAGGCUCCAACCUGUUGAGUUUCUGAUACACAGAUGCUGGGACUCCCCCCACAAGAUGACACGAGGUACACGAAUGCAGUUGAGUAGGAAGAACUACCAGGCGUAGGAUUAGGCAUUGUAAACACUGUAAAUAACCAGAGGGGCCUGGACAGCAGGGUAGGCCAGGGUGGGGAGCCCCCGCAGGAACACGGGCACGCUGGGGCGUUCCUGGCCAGGCCUUCGGGCCGCAGUUCCUCGUGUCCCACUGCAUCCUUUCACCUCAGCUCAGGGAGACCUUGGGAAGCCAUCUGUGCAUUGGGGCACUCGUGUUCUGGGCCCUGUGACAUAACCGCGAACCUGGCUUGCAUACGUCCUGGUCACAGCACUGGAAACCAGAAUCUCAAAGUCAGCAAGGUUGGUUCCUUUCGAGGCUCCAUUCCUUGCCUUCUGGCUUCUCGUGGCUGUCAGUGGUGCUGGGUGUCUUGGCUUGUGGCCGGGCUGGAUUCCCUGCUUCUGUCUCCACGGGGUCUUCUCUCGUGAGGAAGAGCUGGGGCCCACUCCAAACCUGCGGUGGUCUCAUCGCAAGCUCCACAGUCCCGCGUGCAGAGAGACCUUUUCCCAGAUGAGGUCACCUCUGCACGUUCCAGAGGUCACGGCUUGGAUGCUCCUCUUGGGGCCAGGACCAAAGCCCCGGUGGUCAGGUCAGAAACCAGCUUGAGUGUGGCGGUGAAUUCCUCCAGCAGCGUCCUCUGUCGCAGCUGGUUGUCUGGCUCAUCAGGCCAUGAAAGACCACCAGCCCAGGCCCUUGGCCAUCAGGGGGUUUCCAGUCUGUUCCUACAGAGGUAAAUGGCACCCCGAGAAAGCUCACACGUCCCACGAGGCAAUGUGGGCCCAGGCCUUGUUCCCCCAGUUCAAUGCUACCCCUCAGGUUCUCUACUGGGUUCAAGCUGGACACAGCCUGUGCCACCUUUUUUUUUUUUUGCUUUUUAGGGCUGCACUCGCGGCACAUGGAGAUUACCAGGCUAGGGGGGGUCCAAUCGGAGCUGCAGCUGCUGGCCACGGCCACAGCCACAGCCACACAGGAUCUGAGCCACAUCUGUAGUUCCUAUACUGCAGUUCCUGGCAACGCCAGAUCCUUAACCCACUGAGCAAGGCCAGGGAUCAAACCCACAACCUCAAGGUUCCUAGUCGGAUUUGGUUCCACUGCGACAAGGGGAAUCCCGUGUGCCCCCUUCUCAGGCAGACCGCGUAGGUGCCGAUGGGUCCGUGGAGACUUUGCAGGACCCACGGUGACGGACUGGCAGACGUCCCCCAACCUCAGGGCACCCAGGAGAGCCUGGCAAGUCCUUGCAGUGUCAGCCAGGUGCAAGUUCACCUUCUGGCGCGGCACAGGUGGCUCCGAAAGAAGCCUUUCAGCCUCGGCUGAAUCUAGGUUUCCAAGCAAUGGAGAGUGACACCUGGGACCGUGGUUUACCCAGAAAGCAGAGUCUCAAGCAGGGGAGGAGACUGCCUCCUCCCCACCGGCCCGACGUCCGGAACAGGCCACCUUGAGUUGACAGCCUCAGGGAUGAACAAGCAGGCUCCGGGCCGGUCAGCACAGCCUGUGACUGUGUCCAGUGGGGUGGACACCUCGACCCUGCUGUCGGCGUCCUCUGCUGUUUGUGGGGGUCUGCUCUGGGUCUGGGCCUCGUGACUGCCAGGGUCCAGAUAAAGAAGGGGCAGGAGUUCCCGUCCUGGCUCAGUAGAGAUGAAUCUGACUAGGAACCAUGAGGACGCAGCUUCAAUCCCUGGCCUCGCUCAGGGGGUUAAGGAGCCGGCGUUGCCAGGAGCUGUGGUGUAGGUCACAGACAUGGCUUGGAUCCCAAGCUGCUGGCUCUGUGGUGAAGGCCAGCAGCUGUAGCUCCGAGGCAACCCCUAGCCUGGGAACGUACACAUGCCACGGGUGCGGACAUAACAAGCACA